AUGCGCUGCUCCCUCAUUUCUUUUCUAGGCCUGGCGGCCGUCCCAGCCCUUGGAGGCUGUCCCUUCGCUCACACUGCGAACAUGGACAUGGAUGACAUGGUUAAAGCACGCGCUCACAUGCCCCGAGGGCUGGUUGCCUCUAAGAGCAGCUCCUCAACUGUCCCUACCUCCUCUAGCACCCCUUCUGUCGGGCAGAAAGGCGUGUUUAUGAUGAACCGCAUUGCUCCUGGCACCUCCGAACUCUACAUUGCCAACACUGAUGGCAGUAAUGAACGCCCACUUCUCUCCAACCCCGUCUACGAGUACCACGCCUCCUUCUCCCCGGAUGGAGAAUGGAUCACAUUCACCAGCGAGCGCAAUGGUGACGGUAUCUACCGCGUACGGACCAACGGCUCCGAUCUCCAGGAAUUGGUUGCCACGCCUGCAGUGGAAGACUCCGUUGUUAUCUCUCCCAAUGGCCGUCUGGCAGCCUACGUCUCCACCGCCAACAACAUGAAGGCAAACAUCUGGAUCCUUGAUCUGCAGACCGGCGCGCAGUGGAACCUCACUAACACGCCCACCACUGCCCCCAAUUCCUCCCUCAUGGAGAGCUAUCUCCGUCCUGCCUGGUCUCCCGAUGGCGAAUGGAUCGCCUUCUCUUCGGACCGCAACACCCAAUGGGACGGACACGGCGUACCGACCUUCCUCGGCCGUACGGGCUGGGAGACGACGCAAGAACUCUCUCUCUACGCCAUCCGUCCCAAUGGCUCUGACUUCCGUCAGAUCAUCUCCAAGCCACACUACUCUCUUGGAUCUCCGAAAUGGUCAGCAGACGGUAAACGCAUCGUCUACUAUGAAAUGACCCGGGAAGACACCUACAAUGCCCAUCGUCCAGAAACCAUAACCACAGCCAACUCCACCAUCAUGUCCGUAGACUUCGAGACAGGCACCGAUGUGCGCGUGGAAGUCGCCGGCUCCGGUGUCAAGCAAUUCCCCCAGUACCUGGACAAGAACGGCACCAUCGCCUACACCCUCAAAGGAGGUACCAGCGAGGGCUUCUACACGACCGCGGGACUCUACGUCAACACGACCUCGGCGACCCUCCGGUCCCCGGCGUGGUCCCCCGACGGCAAGCAAGUAGUCUACGAAAAGACCACCUGGAGCAUCCGCGCGGGGUACAAGCAGCUCUACAGCUGGGACAAUGACUGGGACUACCGCUUCACGGACGUCUUCCCUCAGAUCUCGCACCAGGAACGCAUCGCCAUCACACAGAAGCAGCUGGGCAAUUCGUCCAUCGUGACGUUAAACACAACCGGAGGCGACUUGCAACUCGUCUACGACCCCAGCACGGCAGACUUUGUCAGCGAUGACGAAACCACAGGAUUGAGCGCUUACCAGCCCAGCUGGUCACCCUGCGGCGAGUGGCUCGUCUUCGGCGUCGGAUUCUGGUUCGAGACGAGAGAAGCCUCGGGCGGAUGGAUCGUGCGGGCCACCGCCAACGGCAGCUACUCCGAGGUUCUCGUGAACAGCAGCUACUCCAUCACCGAGGAUGGAGCCCUGAACAGCGGGUUCCCGAGCUUCUCGCCGGACGGCAAGAAGGUGGUGUAUCGGGUUUGGGGAGCCGACACUGCCACCUACGGCAACGCCAGCGAGAUCGGGCUGCGAGUGCUGGACCUCGAGACGCGAAAGACAACCGUCCUGACUACAGAAUGGGAUAAUCUGCCCCAGUUCUCUCCCGAUGGGGAGCUCAUCCUAUUCACACGCAAAACCAGCACGUACAACUAUGAUGUGUGUACUAUCCGGCCGGAUGGGACAGAUCUACGCGUGUUGACGAGCAGCGGUGCUAAUGAUGCGCAUGCGGUGUGGUCGCAGGAUGGACAGAUCAUGUGGUCUACCGGCAUGUACGGUUUCCGGUUCGAGUGUGCGCUGUAUGAUGAUACCUUCCAGCCGUAUGGGCAGAUUAUGAUUAUGGAUGCGGAUGGGGGGAAUAAGAAGUUGAUGACCAACUCGAUGUGGGAGGAUUCGAUGCCAUUGUUCUUGCCGAGGGAGGUACUUUGA